GGUAUAGAACGAGAUGCUGUAACAAUUUUUUCAACUUACAUCGCUAAAGGCUCACCAAAACCUAUUGGAGUUGAUGACACGCUUAGAGCUGAACCCAUCAGUAAGUCUUACUGUCCGUGCAUAAGUGCCUUGGCAGUUAUUCGAUGCUCAUUAUGUCUCCAUGACAGUAAUUUAUUUUGUGUGGAUUUGUAUACAGUAUUUCACAAUAUAUUUUUCAGUGAUGGCUAUUACCAACCCAUGUGCAAUCGUUGCAUUAUGUAAUAAGUAUCUUAAUGAAUUCUGUGACUUCUCCCAAUGAUUUCACAGGUAAAAUUUGUCAAGAAAAUGGUGAGGUAGAUCCGGAGUGUUUUGCCAGCUGUCGGAGAUUUGUGUUAAAUAAGCUAGAAUCAGAGUAAGUGUUCACUCGGCUCAAUCUGAAUGGUUGAACAGGUUUACAUAUGUAAUGUCAUUAGUUUAGCCCAUAAUGAAAUAGUAAAGUUUUAUUAAGAAAAUCUUUUUUGAGGAAAAUAAAAAUUGCUAAAUAACAGAAGUUGUUCUUACCAGAUAUUCUCUGUGUUACUUUAUGGAGGUAAGAUUUGUUACUUUAUGGAGGUAAGAUUCGUUACUUUAUGGAGGUAAGAUUUUGGAAAUAGUGAGGAAUUAAGUUAUUUUCACAGGAUGGGAAUAGUGAGGAAUUAGUUUCAUGUCAUAUCAUGGAAAUAGUGAAUUAAUUAAUUAAUAUACAUUCCAGUAAAUUAAAAUUUGACAAAUAAAUUUUACUCUUGGUCUGAGAUCAGUAGUUCUACAAUAUUAAUUCUAACUCGACCACAUAUACUAUUGAUUGGGUUAAUUUUAAAAAGUUGUGUACCAGUAAUUAAAAAAUUAAAGUAAUUUGGUCAAGUCAGUUUAAAAUAUUUAAAUGAUUGAGGUUUUACCUCCACUUACAAUUUAUGGAACAAGAGGGCGCUAGUGACCUUAUGCAGAUGUGGCUUGGAGCUGAAAAUUUCCAACAACUGCUGUCCACAAGCGGAUCUUACAAUUGCGAGCAAGCACAGAUUGUUGCCAUGGUUUUAUAUGACAGGUAUCAAACACUUUACUAUUUUUUACCAAUUGCAGCAUUAAGGGAGAUUUUACCAAUGUGUUAGUUACUAAAGAUAAAAACUGAUCAGAUCAUGAUGGGGGCUUAUGCUUAAUUUUGGAAAAGUUACUAAGUUGGCAGAAUUCAGAUUAAUUUAAAUGUCAGAUCAUAUUUAUAUUUUACAUUCGAUUAUUUCUAAAGCUAAUUUUUUUCCAAAUAACUAAUCAUAUCCAAAAUAGUACAUAACACAUCUGUAACCAUGACUGUGCACUAAAUAAAGUAUUUCAAAAUAAGAUAGCGGGAAGAAGAGACAUUAUAAGCAAGAUGUAUUUACUCCUGAUAUUGAGAAUAAAAGUGCUGAAAUGGCAUAAUACUCCAUUAACUGGUUUUUAAUAUUUUGUUUUUAAGCUUCUCUUUAUUUACUCUAAAUUAUUUUAUAUUGCAUUCUUAAAUGUAUCUGCUGUAUUGUCCCAGCCCAGCUCUGGAACCACAUGUGCAUCACCAGCACCACCCAUUGAAACAAACAAACACAUCAUGUUUGUUGAAAACACGUAGAGCAAUAAACCUACUUACAGGUUUUAAUCAAGUUUUUAAAAAAAUUGUUUUUAACAUUUCAAUUAAUGAGAUAAUAUGAACCCUUUUUUAUCAUCUUAAUUUAUUUUGCUAUGUUAGAUGACGAGGUAGUUCUCUUUCAGUUUUUAAAGGACAUUUUAGACAUAGGAACUGGUCAUUGCUUGAAUCACUGACACUAUAGGAACUGUUCAUGGCUUGAAUCACUGCCACUAUAGGAAUUGGUCAUUACUUGAAUCACUACCACUAUAGAAACUGGUCAUUGAAUCACUGCCACUGCAUCUUUGUUGUUAAGUUAGAGAAUAAACUAGCCAGUUAUCUCCAUUCCAUGUUCACAGAUAUUUUUCCCUCCAGGCCACUAAUCCUGUUGGCUUUUCGGAUAAAAUGAGAUUUGAAAUUGAGGAUGUUUGUAUGCCAGGAUGUUUUACUACAGCCAAGAACAUUGUGCUGAAGAUCAUAGAUAAG